AACUAUGCAAUAUGGUGGACUGCAGUUAUGUAACACGAACGUGCAACUGCCCUCAGCUAUAGGGUACACCAGUUAUCGGCGGAGUUCGUGACAAAGGAGAUAAAUUGAGGUAGAGCUCUCAUCUCUCCACAGGCAGUCAUGGCAGAGCCAGCCCAAAACAUAGAAUCAGCAUUCUGUCGAAAUGGCAAGGAGACCCCGGAGCCCCUCAGAGCAGAAGUGACAGGCACCAUCCCAUCGUGGCUUCAGGGCACACUUCUGCGCAAUGGACCUGGCCUUUUCUCAGUCGGAGACACUUCCUACAACCACUGGUUUGAUGGAAUGUCCCUCAUUCACAGUUUCACCUUUAAGGAUGGUGAGGUACACUACAGGAGCAAAUUCCUGAAGAGUGAAACAUACAAGAAGAACAUUGCCGCCAACAGGAUUGUGGUUACAGAAUUUGGGACCAUGGCCUACCCCGAUCCCUGCAAGAAUAUAUUCUCAAAGGCGUUCACCUACCUACUCAAUACCAUCCCAAAUUUCACCGACAAUAAUCUUGUAAACAUUAUACGAUAUGGAGAAGAUUACUACGCGGCCUCGGAAAUAAACUUCAUCAACCAAGUUAAUCCAUCGACUCUUGAAACUGUAGGAAGAGUUAAUUACAGGAACCACAUCGCCCUGAACUUGGCUACAGCACACCCUCACUAUGACGAGGAGGGAAACACCUAUAACAUGGGCACGUCGAUCAUGGCAAUGACCGGACUCAAAUAUGUUAUCUUCAAGGUUCCAGCAACAGACAAAGAGAAGAUGCCUGCACUAAAGAAGCUGGAGCAGGUUUGCUCCAUUCCUGCUCGCUCCAACCUCUACCCCAGCUACUUCCACAGCUUUGGGAUGACUGAAAACUACAUCAUAUUCGUCGAACAGGCGUUCAAACUGGACAUAAUCCGACUGGCCACAGCUUACUUCAGAGGAGAAACCUGGGGCAGGUGCCUCAAUUAUGACAAAGAUGAUGUUACGCUGUUCCACCUGAUUGACAGAAAGACUGGGAAGGCUGUGGACACCAAGUUCUAUGGGGACGCUUUCGUGGUUUUCCAUCAUAUCAACGCCUAUGAGGAGAACGGCCAUGUAGUGUUCGACCUGAUCACAUUCAAAGACGCCAGUCUUUAUGACAUGUUCUACAUGGAAAACAUGAAGAAGGAGAUUCAGGAAGAAGGCAAGACCAUUCCUCCACCAGUCAGCCAGCGAUUUGUCAUCCCCAUAAAUGCUGACCUCAAGGAAGUUCCAGGAGGCACUAACCUUGUGAAGCUGCAGGACACAUCAGCCACAGCUGUGCUGCAGAAGGAUGGCUCCCUGUUCCUCACCCCUGACUCUUUGUUUGAGGGUUUGGAGUUACCUGGGAUCAACUACAAAUACAACACGAAAAAGCACAGAUACUUCUAUGGCUCGAGGAUGGAUUGGUCACCAAAGAUAACUAAGGUCACCAAAGUGGACACUGUUACCAGGACAUACAUGGAAUGGACAGAAAAGGAUUGUUACCCAUCUGAACCGGUGUUUGUGGCAUCUCCGGAUGCUGUGGAUGAGGAUGAUGGUGUUAUUCUGUCAUCUGUUGUCUCUCUCAAUCCCAAGAAACCCCCAUUCAUGUUGGUUCUGGAUGCGAAGACUUUUCAAGAGAUCGCUCGUGCCUCCAUUAAUGCCUCCGUACACCUGGACCUGCACGGGCUUUUCAUCCAUGAGAAGUCUCAACUCAAACAGCCUUUAGAACCAACCAGCAUUUCUAAAAGACUUGUGUAGUGCUUAUUUACUCAAUGCUGCCUGGUUUGUGGCCUUGUGUUUUUGGCUGUCACAUAACAGUAGUUAGUUACACUAAAGCUACUUUCAAGAUCGAGAUCAAAAUCAAGGCCAACUUUUUGUCAUCCCAACCAUAUUUCUGACAGUGUAGCCUGUUAAACAUAUGAGUGUUUCACGCUGGACUAAAACUCUUACAUGUAAUGAAUCUUUUCAAAACUGUCAUGAAACCAUGUCUCAGGUAUCCUGCGGCAAAUUAUGAAUCACUUCAAGUAACUGGUAUCUGUGAUGUAGAUUUUAGAGACAGUAAAGUCUUCCUAUCACCAAAACUAAAAAAUUCUGGCUUACUACAUCUCUCUAGAAUAGCAUAUUUCACAUUGAACCACUCUGAAAGACUGUGUUUACAUCUUAACCACUGAAUUAUGUAGAAAAUUGGUGGAAUUUCCCUUUAAAGGCACAGUAACAAAAACUCCCUUUGUAAUUCUAAGGCAUUACGAAAGUCUGGAAAUGGUCAUUUAAAAAACUGUCACAAAUCCACACAUACAUCAUAAGUGGCGGGAAAAAGCCCCCUUUAAUGAUGGGCUGGUUGAACGGACAGCUGCCCAAUAUUAGUAAACUGAAAGCUUAGUCUUUGUGCAACAGCAAAGGAGUAUCACACUGACCUCACUGAACUAUGCUGCCUAUUUAUCUGAGCCACACUUGCUGUCAGACACACCAGAAAGUAGAUGGUAAAUCCUCAUGUGCUACUAAACCUACAACCUACUAAAAAUUGUGACAUUUUUCUUUUUGAAAAUAUUGUGAGAUUUCCCUUUAAAGGCACAGUAACAAAAACUCCCUUUGUAAUUCUAAGACAUUAAGAAAGGCUGGAAAUGGUCAUUUAAAAAACAUAAAUAAAUCACAGUCAUAAAUCAUAAA